AUGCCAGCCCGCUGCGAUGCCUCCGGAGCCGAACGCUUCCUAUACAUGAUCCUCUCGCAGGUGGACACGACCAAACUCGAUUGGAAUCUCAUCGCCGCAGAGAACAACAUUUCCACGGCCGCCGCCGCGCGCCUGCGUUGGACGCGUUACAAGGCGGCUAUGAACCCCGCCGGCACCACCACCCCGGCGGCCACGACGCCAAAGAAGACGCCCAAGAAGACGCCCGUCAAGAGGAAAGGCUCCGACGAAGGUAGCGUCUCGCCGACGCCAGCGUCCAAGAAGAGAGUCCGAAAGCCGAAGCCGAAGCCUGUGGUGGAGGAGGAGGAGGGGGAGGAGGAGGGAGAGGAUUUUAUGGCAGAGAAGGUUAAGGCGAAGGAAGUGGUAGCCGAGGAUGGGGAUGAGUAG